UUUUCACACACCCAUUUGUUUAAUCAAAAUGUAUGGAAUCUCUGUAAUCCACUUUGGCUUACUAUUGCACGCAACUACUUAUUUUUUAUUUUUAUCAAUCUAUUAUUGCAGCGUUUUGGGUGAAAGAGUGUCACCCUUGGUGUUUAAGCUUUAAAGUUGCUGAUCAAUGGCGGGAUCAUUGGGUCCACGAUUGUACAGCUGCUCAAAUUGUCGAAACCGUGUUUCUCUCCACGAUGAUAUAAUUUCCAAGUGUUUCCAGGGAAGAAAUGGCCGAGCGUUUUUGUUCUCGCACGCAAUGAACAUAACCACAGGACCGAAAGAAGACAGGAAUCUCUUAACCGGUCUCCACACCGUGGCCGAUAUUUACUGCACCGAUUGCCAUCAGGUUUUAGGUUGGAAAUACGAGCGAGCUUACGAGGCCUCGCAAAAGUACAAGGAAGGGAGGUUCAUACUCGAGAAGGCGAAGAUCGUUAAGGAGGAUUGGUAACGCCCGGCGCCGUUUUAAGGUCCUGAUCCCAUUCAUUCCCGUGUCUGAUGCAAUUGUUAUCUAUGCUCAGACGUUCAUCUUGUACAGAAAAACGCGUCGCCUCAUUCGGAAAUUUGUUAUUGUUUCGAACAUUGCAUUCUUAACAUGCACUAAAACAUCUGGAGGAUGUACGACAGAUUGAUAAUUCCCGUGUUCAUAAGGUAUUGUUAAUUUAUUGUCCAUGACAUUCC